AUGGCAAUAGAUUCCUCUUCCUCCUCCGAACUGCAAGCCAGCGCACUCUCCCUGCCCGUCCUGCUGUUCGUCCUCUACAUCUCCUACCACCUCAUCACGCGAGCCCUGACGACGACCAAGAAGAACAAGCCCACCACCCACGGCCUCAAAUCGCACCCGCUCCUGGGCCACCUCCUGGAGUUCCUCAAGAACCGCCACCGCUUCCUCGAGUGGUCCACGGAGCUCAUCGUCGCCAGUCCGGACCACCGGAUGGGGUUCUGGAUCCCCGGGAUGCGGACGGGCAUCGUCACCGGGAACCCCGCCGACGUGGAGCACGUCCUGCGGACCAACUUCGCCAACUACCCCAAGGGCGAGCACGCCGCCGCCAUGCUCCGCGACUUCCUCGGCCACGGCCUCUUCAACUCCGACGGCGAGCAGUGGCUCUGGCAGCGCAAGAACGCCAGCCACGAGUUCAGCAGCCGCUCGCUGCGGAGGUUCGUCGUCGACGUCGUCAGCGACGAGGUCGCCUGCAGGCUGCUUCCGCUGCUCCGGAGGGCCGCGGACGGUGAUGGCCGCGUCGUCCUCGACCUGCAGGACGUCCUGGAGCGCUUCGCGUUCGACACCAUCUGCAUGGUCGCGUUCGGGCACGACCCCUGCUGCCUCUGCCUCGCCGCCGACGACGACGGCGGUGGCGGCUGGGCGGACGCCAAAAAAUCCGAGUUCAUGCGCGCGUUCGGCGAGGCGCAGGACCUCAUCGUCCGCCGCUUCCUGGACCCUGUCGAGGUCUCGUGGAAGGUCAAGAAGUGGCUCAACGUCGGCAUGGAGCGGCGGCUCAAGAAGGCCAUCGCGGACGUGCACGCGUUCGCCAUGGGCAUCGUCCGCGCCCGGCGCCAGAGCGCGAGCGCUUCGGUCGACCACCACAGGGACGACGUCCUAUCCCGGUUCGUGGCGAGCACCGAGCACAGCGACGAGGCGCUGAGGGACAUCGUGCUCAGCUUCCUCAUCGCCGGGCGCGAGACCACGUCGUCGGCGCUGACGUGGUUCUUCUGGCUUCUGUCGUCGCGCCCUGCCGUGGCGGCGCGCGUCCUCGCCGAGGUCCGCGCGGCGCGGGAGGCGUCCACGGGCACGCGCCCCGGGGAGCCACUUGGCUUCGACGCGCUGCGCGGCAUGCACUACCUGCACGCCGCGCUCACCGAGUCGAUGCGGCUGUACCCGCCGGCGCCGAUCGACUCGCAGUCGUGCGCCGCGGACGACACGCUGCCCGACGGCACGCACGUCGGAAAGGGUUGGUCCGUCACCUACAGUGCCUACGCCAUGGGCCGGCUCCCGGCCAUAUGGGGCGACGACUGCGCCGAGUACCGGCCGGAGCGGUGGCUCGGCGAUGACGGCGCGUUCCGGCCGGAGAGCCCGUUCCGGUAUACCGUGUUCCAUGCUGGGCCCAGGAUGUGCCUCGGGAAGGAGAUGGCGUACGUGCAGAUGAAGUCCGUCGUCGCUAGCGUGCUGGAGGAGUUCGUGGUCGACGUCAGGAAGGAGGUCGCCGGCGGCGGUGUGCCGGAGCACGUCCUCUCCGUGACGCUUAGGAUGAAAGGAGGCUUGCCGGUGCAAGUGAGGAGAAGGGAGCUGGCUGGAAGUGCUGAAUGA